CUGGGCCUGGGAAGCGCGCGGGGACAGCGAAGAGAGGGUUCGGAAGGUUCCAUGUCGCGAGGCCGGGGCGGGGGGGAGUUGAAGGAAUACUAGCGGGACCCCUGGUGCGCGUGUGCGGCAGCAGGUCGCCGUGCCCGGGUUGCACGUGUGAACGGAGCGCUUCCUUCUCCUCCGAAUUCUUGCAAAGCCACCCGUGAGGGAGGUUGAGGACGCAUGGAAUAAGCCUGCAGCGAGGUACAGGUCAAUGGCUGAAGUGCAUGUGAUUGGUCAGAUCGUGGGAGCCAGUGGAUUCCCUGGCAGCAGCCUCUUUUGCAAGUGGGGGAUCCACACAGGGGGUGCCUGGAAACUCCUGUCAGGGCUCCGGGAGGGGCAGACUCAAGUCGACCACCCGCAGUUUGAUGACGUGGCCUAUUGGUCCCACCCCAUCGACGUCCACUUUGCCACCAAAGGCUUACAAGGCUGGCCCAAGCUCCACGUCCAGGUGUGGCACCAAGACUCCUUCGGGCGCUGCGAGCUGUACGGCUACGGCUUCUGCCACGUGCCCUCAAGUCCCGGCUUCCACCAGCUGGACUGUGUGACGUGGCGCCCCCUGGGCUCGUGGCAGGAGCAGCUUUCCCAGCGCUUCGUGGGCGGGGGGCCCCAGCUGCUCAACAGUGACUUGAUCUACACGGGGGCCGACCGCUACCGGCUGCAGACUUGCGCUAUGGGCACUGUCCACUUGCAGCUGGCUGUCCUCCUGCGGAACUUUGACCGCUAUGGCGUUGAGGCCUGAGCCUCGUUGGGGGCAGGACUUUGGCUCCCCGCUUUCUCCCAAAGGUCAUCGGCGCACCUUCGUUGUCAUUUUGGGAAAGGAAGACUUGUUGUGCCAGAGCACCUGGACAAAGAUGGGUUGAUUGGCAGGCCUACGGGCCAAUUGCUUCCGCCCCAGGAUACGGGAACUUCCUUCUGUUAGCUGUUAAGUUUCAGAAAUUCUGGGUUCUGCUCCGUACGACGAGGCAGAAAAUGGGUGUCUAAUGCAUGGCUCUGGAUCAGGGAGGGCUAGGGUUCCUGGCUUCUCUUCUUGACCGCAUAAGCAGCGUUCAUCCUUCAGACAUCCAUCUUUUUGUGCCUUUUUGGGGCCCAAAGGAAUUCGUUCCAGGUGAGCUUAUAGUUUCACAGAACAAAGUUUGAUUGGAUGUUCAGCUCCAAGGAACGGAGAGAAAAUCUGCAGUCUUUUGAUGUGGUUCUGUCUGCCCCAAGUUUGUUACUCCUGUUCCUUCAAAGUUGUCCCUAAAUCAUUAUUUUCUGUAUUGUGAAUUAAAUGGGUUUUCUCCAAAA